CUCAACAUUGACGCAGCUCAACACGCAAGAGUCUGAAAAUUUUCGGUGUUGUGAUGAUGAAAUAAGAUUUUUUACGUCUUGCUUUCAAGACAAGAGAAUACGAUUUAUUUAGUGUGAAACAAAAAUGGAUGUAGAUAAUGACAUUGAUGGAAAACUGCUUCAGCAGUUUAGUUCCAUGGGAACAACGGACAGAGAAGUGUUGAUUUCGGAUUUUCAGAAGCUGCUGGGUCCAAAUCAGCUGACACCAGCAGGAUGUGCUUUUUUCUUAGAUAUGAAUAAUUGGAACCUUCAAGGUGCCAUUGGUUCCUAUUUUGAGUAUGAUCAACCCAAUGUUAAACUUCCCUCAAUGACGUUCAUUAUGGAUGUAACUGUUGGUGAGGGUGAGGCUGUUCCACCAGACACUACCUUCAUUAAAACCUGGAGGAUACAAAACACAGGAGAUGAACAGUGGCCACCUGGCUGUAACUUGAUGCACUGUUCGGGGGAAAACCUUAGUAAAGCUGACCGCGUGAUGGUGGAGGCUCUACAGUCAGGACAAGUGGCUGAUGUUAGCAUACAUAUGUACAGUCCUACUGAAACUGGUACCUUCCCUAGUCAGUGGAGAAUGUCAACACCUACGGGCAUGUAUUUUGGAGACAUGAUAUGGGUGAUUAUAACAGUAGAGAAAGGAGGUGUCCUUGCCGUCACUCAGCAGCUGUCAAGUUUUGGUAAUGGCGCAUUUGCCCAAAGUCCAGCGAAAGAUUGUCUACAAAACCCAUUUGCUUCGCCACAAAAACCAGAAAGUUCACCCAUCCCCUUGGCUUCUCCUAAUUCCUCCAUAAUUGCACAGCAGGGAAGCCCAGACAUGGCUCAGUUUAGUCCCAGUCCAAUUCCAGGCCGGACAUGGUCUGGACCAGUCAUGGGGCCGGUACCUAGCCCUAUGGCUCGAUCUCUUUUCCAGACGCAGGGUGAGCAGGGCGGCGAUUCGUUAGACAUGGGGGAUGAUAUGUCCUAACACAGGGAGGGUGAGAGAGUGGCUGUUCCAGAGACUUGGAGUGCGAUGGUGCAAGGCUGUGUGGGUGACCGUGUACAGUGUAAAUCAUAAAUUAUACAGGAUAUACAUACUUAUCAUCCUGUCAAUUAUAGUGUCAUAAUGUAGGAGACUCAAGCUGAAACAGUGGACUUUUUUGUGCCUUGGAUAUUUUUGACCCAUGUCAUAUUUGAGACCUCGUAGUAGUAAAUAAAUAAGACAAACAAGCCUGUUUUUGAUAUGGGUAUUUCCUAUCAGGAAAGUUGUUUUAAUAAUUGACUUAUUUAUGUAACAAUGCCACUGAGGUACAUACACUUUCUAUCAAAAAUACAGUACAGCCAUCAUUAGUAUUCUUUAUCAUCAAACUGAUCGCUGUAUUGUGGUAUUGUUUUGUUGACGUUGUAUAUGUCAAUUCAAGUUCAUUAAAUUGUUUGACUGAUACGUAUGUACGUUUGAGUAGAUACAAGUUUAUAGUAGAUCACUUCCACAAGCUCCAGAAUUAUGUGAUUGACAGUAGAUAAUCACGACUCAUUGUCGUUUAUGUAUAGUGAGCUAAUUCAGCUACCAGUAAAUAAUUCAUUAGUUGAUCUUCUUAAUUAAUCUUUCAAUGUCAAAGGUUUGUAAACAGUGUAAUGUAUAAUGGAAGAAACCAAUGAUUUCCCCGAGACCAAAAACGUUAUAUGAAAUAUUCCCGGCACAAAAUAAUCCACUUUUACAAACUUAUAAACAGGUUCAGAAAGUGGUCUUUUUUCUUCUCUAUCUCUUAGAAACUUUUCACUUAUAUUAGUGCAUAUAACUGCACACGUGCGAGUCUAUUAAAUGUUGAUCACUUUGCUAUCUGAUGAGCUGUAUAAACACUAGGGCUGGGACAUCUAAUCAUUGUAUAUUGUGAUACUCCCAAGUAUUAUACAUGUGUUGAUAUGCAGUGCAAAAUAUCACAUGUCUGCUGUUGUUAUUGUUAAUGAAAUGAUUUUUUUUCAUGAGACUGCUAAAAUAUUCUGAUAAGCGGUGGACUUAAUUGACAUUCCAUCCAUAAAUAUACACUGUAUGUUACUAGAAAUUACAUCAAGAAAGACAUUUGUCUAGGGCGAUGACAAAACUGAGUUAGAAACCAUGAAAAGAAUUUCUUUAGAAAGAAAUUGGAGCAGGAUAGGAAUUGUAUGAUAAGAAAUGUAUUUUAAUAUGCAGCAACUGAAUUGUCCCAGCCCUAAUGAAACCUGUGUAUGUGGGUAGCUGCCCGCACUGAAGAAUUAUAGCAUUCUUUUUACCAAGACUAUGUUGUAUCACGCUUUGUUUGCUAAAUGGCUUAAUGAUAAUGCUGCAUAAAAUAAGAAUUAUAACGUUAUGGAGACAUGUAAGAUUCAAACUGAUCUGAAGUUACGAAUAUUUUUUACCAAUUUAUUUCUGCUACUGUUAGGCUAGAAAAAAGAAUUAGUAAGAAAAAUUCAUGUAUGAAAUUUCAGUGAACUCUACUUCUGGGGUUAAUGCUCCUGGGGUAACUUUCUACAUAUGUAGUUCUAUGGAAGUUUGAUAAAGGUUUGUGUAGUUAAUAAAUAUAUGAGUAAUAAAGGGAUGGUUGUAGUGAUGUACAGUUAGAGUUACACAAGUUGAUCCAGGCCAUGCUCACUGGCUGAAAUCUCAAUUAUAAAUGUUGGGAAAUGGAUAUUUCACUGUAAAAAUAAAAAGUUGAUGGAACUAGUACAUCUUUACAUGUAGGUGAAUAUUUUUGAAAUGACAGUGAAAAAUCAAGUAACAUUGUUUGGACUUAAUGAGCAAUGCUACCUUACAUGUUUUACUGUUUAUUUGUGUUGAAGUUAUCUCCCUUUACCUGUUUUGAAUGUGCUCAAGAGUUAUUGCAUGCUUUCUUAUGUAUCAGAAGUGUCCUCAUUUAAUGAUAGGUCAACAAGUCCAAUUUUCUAUCCACUGAAAAUAUUGUACUGUUUUUUCUUUGUGUAAAACUCUUUUGUGCAGAGAUACCUUAAAAAAUAAGGUAGUAUAUUUCAUUAAGUCCAUAUUGCUUCACGAUACUAUACCAGAUCAUUACGUUUAAGGUUGUGUUUCAUUAGGUUACAUGACAGAGAAUUUUCUUUUUUAUAUAUUGUAAGACUAAGUUACCAAAAUCCCAAAAUGUUGAUGAAUUACCGUAUUAAAUUUUUAUCACUCUUAAUGAAUUUAUAAACAAUAUAUGGUGUCCAAUGUCAACGUAGCGAACGCUUUGUAAAUUGGUUGUUUAUAAUGGAGCAUCAAUUAAAUCAGCUGAUAUAUAGUGUGGUUAUUUUAGAUGUAUAUGGAGCUUGUAACCUAGGUAUUAGUCCCGAACUUCCUACAAAAACACUAGUAUAACAAACUUUUCCUGAAUACAUCAUUAAAAUUCCUAUUCUGAAGAUUGAAACCUUACUAAAAUAAAUCCUUACUAUUUUUAAAAAAAGGCCAGUCUUGAUUGAAUCCUCCAUGAAACAAUAGGAAACGUUUCUAAACCAUCCCUCUGUACUUGGCAAAAACUUGUCGAUAAUGACAUAAUAAAACCUAAAACCUAAUACUAAUUCUGUUUAGCCAAUUUGAUUAAAUUUAAUCCUGCCUAUAUAUGUCUGUGAAGUGUAAAUUGAAUCUUGUUUUUAUUUUAGAAUAUGAAUUGAAGUACUGAUCCUUACAGUGUUGGGUUUUGAACGGCUUUAUUGUAAAUGUAAACCAGAUAGGAUGUUUGCAGUUUUACUGUAUUUAUAUUAGUCAAAAACAGGACAUUUCUUAUUUCUGUAGUCUGAAUUCAUCUUUCUAAAGUACAUAUAAAACUAUCCAGUGUCCCUACAUUUUGUUAUUCAUUGUACUGUUUUUCUAUGAAGCAUUAUAAUUUAUGAACUUUUGAAUCAAAUUUUGUUACAUUAAGUUUCCUUUCUAUUACAGCAUGUUCCUUCUCUUCACUUUGCUGAACAUUUUGGAAUUAUUUGCAAAGCAAUUACUUGUUAUCUUAAUUGGUGACACAAAUAUAAAGAACAAAUAAAUCAGCUGGUAAAAAAUAUGUCCUAGAUGGCAUGCUUAUAUAAAAGGCCACAGUGGAAGUGGUAGAUUCUAUUUGUGCUAGGCCACUUUAUUUAUAUUACUUGCCUCCAACUUGUGUACAUGUAUAUUUUCAUGUGAAUCUAUUGUUGAUCCUGAUGUGCUGUUUAAGUUACAAUAUUCACUAUUGUAGGUGCUCCAACUCCAAUUCACCCCCGCCGAAUCUAUCAUAUGUUGUAGGUGAGAGGACAUCUAGUACCCUGAAUAAUAUACUGUAAACAAAUUAUUACAUCAUUACCAGCUAGUUCUCUGACCUUGCAAUUCAAGGUCCUGUAUUUCACACUGAUAAUGCAGGAUAUGUUGGAUGACCCUAGUAGCGGAACUCCAUUUCGGCUGGUACUCAUAAGUUAUAAUCACUGAUUAAAUUGACAAAUUAAAACAAGGAUGAGUUCCAAACAUUUGAACACCAUUUUUCAGUAAGGUUAACAUGUCAUUACCUCCUCCUCCUCAACCUCAUUUUCACCACCAAUGUUGUCUAGUUCAAGAUUUUGGGAAGCAAGAUAAACAUUAUGUACUCUUGUAAUCCAAGACAUCAGAUGAACAUGUGUGGUAUCACUGUUAUAUACAACAUGUACAAUGGUAG